CCUUCAUCCUUAAUCAAUCCCUUCCUCCACGCACCUACUACCCAAUCCAUUAGAGAGAUUGGGAGAGAAUGUAAAAUCACGCCCUAGGCCCGCAUCGGGGAAGAGAGAGAGAGAGAGGACUCGAGGACUUACUUUGCGUCAACUCCUUUCCCCUUCCCAUUGCAUUUUUCAAGAUCUCGGUCUACCGAUCAGCAUUCUCGAAAACUGCGCAGUUAUUGGGCAGUCAUGGAGAAUUCCAAGGUGUUGUCAAACAUGAGAAAUGUGAUUUACUCUGGAAAGCAUGCUCUACUUCCUCCCAAGAGUCCAUUUCCUAGUGGUUCCUCCUCAUAUGCUGAUUAUUUCCCCAGUCCCAUUAUUGGGUCAAGAGCUGUGCAGAAUCCCAGAGAGGGAAAUGUGCAUCAUCAUAGAACAUCAUCUGAAAGUCUUCUAAUGGAGGAUCAACCUUCUUGGCUCAAUGAUCUCCUCGAUGAACCUGAAACACCUGUUCAAAGAGGUGGUCAUCGACGUUCAUCGAGUGACUCCUUUGCAUACUUGGAUGCAGGAAAUGUUUUGAACGAAAAUUAUACGCAAGAUGACUCCCAAUGUAAAAAUAUGUAUUUACCUUCCUGGGCAUCACAAGAUUUUGAUUUCCGCAAAGAUCCCCAUCAAGCUUCUUUCAAUAUGAAGGCAAGCUCGAUCAAACAGAAAAACAGGGCACGGGAAUUGCCUCCAACUACAUUGACAACUAACCUGGGUUCCCGGCCUUCUGCCAAAAGUAGCAUUCUUCUUGAGAGCUCGAGGUCGCUAAGUACACCACAGGAAGCAAAUGGGUUCUCAUCAACAACUACUGAAAAGCAGGAUUCAGCAGAAACCAGUAUGCCUGAUCGAAAGUCAUCUGAGAAAAUGGAUGGUCCCCAUAUCAAGCCAGCUCCGGCUGAUACGGAUAAUAAAAGAGCUAAACAGCAAUUUGCUCAACGUUCACGUGUACGUAAACUUCAGUACAUUGCAGAGCUAGAACGGAACGUACAAGCUUUACAAGCAGAAGGUUCUGAAGUUUCUGCCGAGCUUGAAUUUCUCAGUCAGCAAAACUUAAUUCUUGGCAUGGAGAAUAAAGCACUCAAGCAGCGAUUAGAAAAUUUAUCUCAGGAGCAGCUUAUAAAAUACUUGGAGCAUGAAGUGCUGGAGAGGGAGAUAGGAAGACUACGAAUGUUGUACCAACAGCAACAACAGCCUCAGCCACCACCUUCCAGCCUUAAACGUACCAAGAGCCGAGACCUUGAGACGCAGUUUGCCAAGCUCUCUUUGAGACAGAAGGAUGGGCGUUCGGGUCCCGAGUCUAUGGUCGGUCCAGUUCAAAUCUAGAUUUGUAAAUCAGUUGGGAGUUUUUGUGCAUGGCCUAACGAUUUCUCCGAUGUACGAAACCAUGUUUGUCGAUUACUUGUGCAGGAUACCCAGGGCUCAUCAAAAGUCAGUCUGUACUCAGCAUAUGACUAUGGUGGCUCUUGGUAGAUGUGAAUGAGAAUCUGCCAAUGCACCUGGCUGUCAUGGCUGGAAAAUGUCCUCUUUUGGGCUGGUGACUUGCUGGUGGUGAUAUCUAUUUUCUAAGCAUGGUCUCCUUUGGUUUUUUUAUCAGGAUGUAAUGAAAAUUCUAGUAGGUGUUUUUCAAGUCCCCCAUUCCUCUUGGGGGGCUCUCUUUUUUUUCCCCCUAAAUCAAAUGCCAAUGCAUCCAGAGUAUUAGGUGUUGCGGGCAUGAAUGGUACUAACAAUUACUAUUGAACAAUAUCAAUGAUCAUGCUUGAUA